GGAGGGGUAAAAGAAGGGGGCCUUGCGCUGCUCUGUCCAGGCUGAGCCCCCCUUUUUUUAAAAGAGCAGUCCAGUGGAACUAGAAUGCCUUUUGUCUGUUGAUGCGAUCAGGGGACCGGAGGAAGUGAAGGAGCUUGAGAGAGUCUUUCUCUUAACCUCUGUGACUCUUCUUCCUGCUGCUGCUGUUGAUCUCGAGGAGACUUGAGCUGGGCCGUCUGUUUGCCUGCAUUCUGCUCAGCCACGACAGAGCGCUCCACAUGAAGGGCACAGCGAGUAGAGGAUGUCUGCAGAAGCCUUCGGAGCCGGGGGCAGCGAUGCCCAGCAGACCCUGCAGUCCUUCUGGCCUCGCGUCAUGGAGGAGAUCAGGAACUUAACUGUGAAGGAUUUCCGUGUGCAAGAGUUGCCUCUCGCUCGAAUCAAAAAAAUCAUGAAGCUGGAUGAGGACGUCAAGAUGAUCAGUGCAGAGGCUCCUGUGCUGUUCGCCAAAGCGGCUCAGAUCUUCAUCACAGAGCUCACCCUCAGAGCAUGGAUCCACACCGAGGACAACAAGCGACGCACGCUACAGAGGAACGAUAUUGCCAUGGCAAUAACAAAGUUCGACCAGUUUGACUUCCUGAUCGACAUCGUGCCCCGAGACGACCUGAAGCCUCCUAAACGACAGGAGGAGAUGCGCCAGUCAGUGGCUCCAGCGGAGCCGGUGCAGUACUACUUCACGCUGGCCCAGCAGCCCGGCGCUGUGCAGGUGCAGGGUGCGCAGCAGGGCCAGCAGCCCGGCGCACAGACGGCCACGACCAUCCAGCCCGGACAGAUCAUCAUCGCUCAGCCACAGCAAGGACAGAUGCUGCAAGGGGCCACCAUGCAGCAGCUACAGCAAUUGCAGAUGCUGCAAGGUGCAACCAUGCAGCAGCUACAGCAUGUGCAGCUGCAGUCACAGGGCACACCCAUCACGAGUGCGCCUGUGGCGAUGCAGGUGGGUGAGGGCCAACAAGUACAAAUUGUCCAGGCUUCGGCUGCCCAGGGUCAAGCUCAGACAGCUCAAGCCCAAGGUCAGACCAUGCAGGUCAUGCAGCAGAUCAUCACCAACACAGGGGAGAUCCAGCAAAUCCCAGUGCAGCUAAACACGGGUCAGCUACAAUACAUCCGUCUGUCCCAGCCUGUGUCCGGGGCUCAAGUGGUCCAAGGACAGAUCCAGACUCUCGCCAACGCUCAGCAGAUCACACAGGCAGAGGUACAGCAAGGACAGCAGCAAUUCAACCAGUUCACUGAUGGACAGCAGCUGUAUCAGAUCCAGCAGGUGACGAUGCCGGCGGGACAGGAGUUAAGCCAACCGAUGUUCAUUCAGUCCACCAACCAGACAGUCGAUGCACAGGUCACGCAGGUCACCACCGAAUGAGGCCAGCAGGCGACCCCUUUCUCCACUCACACACUCACUCACACACACACACACACCAGCCCAUUCGAAGCCUACAGAUGCCACAGACCUGGACGAAAGGACCCUCGAUAAACUUCAAUUAGGCCCUGCUCAUCUAGACGGGGGGAGCUGACAUCUUAUAACACUCUUUCUAAUAAACUUGGUACGCGGGAUUCAACACGGAAACCAAAGGACACCGAUUGACGGUCUCAAAUCGACAUGUAAAGUUGCAUCCAUACUUAGAUGCGGUCGACUCUUCUUACUUCUGUGACCAACCGCCCGUGGAGAAAAUAUGCAGCCACUGCCGCGGCCCCUGAUAGCCGUCUCUCUGCAGACCGACUCAACGAUACCGCCAUGCCGAGCCUUCAAAGAUCUCUCAAACAGAAGAAAGUGUUUUACUCCCUUUCUUUCUGCUUUAUUUGGAAAUUAAUUGGGAAAAGUGUGUCUCUCUCUCUCUCUUCCAUGAUAUGCUCCUGGUCUUUUUGUGGUUGAUGGAGGCCUUAAAAUCCUUGACCUUCUGAAUCAAACCCUCCAUAUUGUUUUCCAUGUAGUUGACGGAUGAAGUGAAGCCAUAUACCUCAGAUCUUGAGAAGAGGUAAUACGUUUCAACGAUUUCAUGUAGUUUCGUUCGUCUUUUUUCCGACACAUUGACAAUGAAGCAUGACUUUAAACUGUGUAGGUUCACUGUAUGUGAGGGUCUUCAGAGCAGGGGAGCUCUUCUCUGCCUCUAUGCAGCUUCACUCAGCCCUCUCUGACCGGGUGCUUUUUGAGUCCUGUGCCCCGUUUUAAGUCUCAUUUACCAAAAAAAACCUUUUCAUGGAACUUCCUUUUUUCAAUACAAUUGAUUGUCUUUUGGUUUCAAGAUGAUGUUUUGGCCUCAUAUUCUCCAGCUCAUUUUUUUUGUACAGUAAUUGAUUAUUGUCAAUGUUCUUAUUAUUGUUGUUUUUGCAUGUAGUUUAAACUGCCAGCAUGACAUGCAAUAGAUAGGUACAAUUUUAUUUUUGAUGUUCCUUUUUGUAAACAGUUUGUGAGAAAAAAAAUUAAAAAAACACAA